CUUCACAAACUCGAAGGAUUUUUGUGCUUGAAUGGCGACCGGAAUCAUUUCGGUCGGAACAAUAUGUAACGCUUCUGUAUGUUCUCUCCGGACUCAUAACAGUGUGAAACCAUCGAGAUGGCGCGAGCAUCCAAGUCAGCUGUGGUGCUUUGCGUGGAUGUGGGCCUCUCCAUGGGUAACUCACCCUUUGGUGAGGAAGCCCCAUUCCAGCAGGCUAAGAAGAUCAUUCAGAAAUUCAUCCAGCGACAGGUCUUUUCUGAAAGCAAAAACGAGUUGGGAAUAGUGCUUUUCGGAACGGACGACACCAAGAAUCCACUCGCUCAAGAUGACCAAUACCAGAACAUCUGCAUACACCGACAUCUGAUGAUGGCUGACUUUGAGUUGCUGGAGGAUGUUGAGCAUAACAUUCAGUCUGGUGGUCAGCAUGCUGACUGGCUUGAUGCUCUUGUCGUAUGCAUGGAUCUUCUCCAAAAGGAAACCAUGGGGAAAAAGUACGAGAAGCUGAACAUCGCUGUGCUCACCGACCUCAACACACCAGCCUGUGCAGAUCAGCUGGACAUCAUCAUUGGGAACUUAAAGAAAGCUGGCAUCACCUUGCAGUUCUUUUUGCCGUUCCCUGUGGAUGCAGAUGAAGGGGGUGCUGCAGAUGGAGAUAGACCGGGUCCGAGGCAUCCACCCCACAGUGGAAAAGGUCUGAGCCGGGAACAGAAGCAGGGGCUGGAGAUGGUCAGGCAGGUCAUGACUUCUCUAGAUGAAGAAGAUGGCCUGGAUGAGGUCCACGUGUUCAGUGAUGCUGUGGAGAAGCUGUCCAUCUUCAAGCGGAUUGAGAGACGACCGAUGGCUUGGCCCUGUCAGCUUACUAUGGGAAGCUCCCUAUCCAUCCGCAUCAUCGGAUACAAAGCUGUGUGUGAGGAGAAGAUUAAGAAGACCUGGUCUGUAGUAGAUGCUGAGAGUCACCAGAAAGAUGACGUAAAGAAGGACACAGUCUACUGCCUCAACGAUGACAAUGAGACUGAAGUGCAGAAAGAUGAUGUCAUUCAAGGCUUCCGUUAUGGGAGUGACAUUGUACCGUUCUCCAAAGUCGACCAAGAGCAGAUGAAGUACAAGUCAGAUGGAAAAUGCUUUGCUGUGCUUGGCUUCACUAAGCAGGAGCUGGUUUAUCGGCAUCAUUUCAUGGGUCAACAGGUCCUUAAGGUGUUUGCUGCCAAAGAUGAUGAGCAUGCAGCUGUUGCGCUCUCCGCUCUGAUUCAUGCUCUGGACAGCCUGAAGAUGGUGGCUAUUGUUCGUUAUGCUUAUGACCGCCGCAGCAACCCACAAGUGGGUGCAGCUUUUCCUUGCGUCAAAGACAAAUACGAGUGCUUGGUGUAUGUGCAGUUGCCAUACAUGGAGGACCUCCGCCAGUACAUGUUCCCUUCACUGGAGAACAACAAGAAAUUUGUUCCAUCAGAGGCUCAGCUGUCAGCAGUGGACAAUCUCAUCAGCUCUAUGAUGCUGGUGGAGGAGGAUGAAGAUGGAGUGAUGGAGGACAUAUUCAAAGUCAACAAAAUCCCUAACCCACAGUUUCAGAGACUUUUCCAGUGCCUUCACCAUCGUGGUCUGAACCCAGAUAAACCCCUGCCUCCUAUGGAGCCAUGGCUUAAGCAGAUGCUGGAUCGUCCCCAGGCCGUCUCUGCUCGCUGCCAUGCACCUCUGCAGGAGAUGAAGAAACUCUUCACCCUGAAGGAGGUGGUGCAAAAGAAGGGCCAGAAGACCAGCGCUGAUGUGUUUGGGAAUAGCACUGAGGAGCCAGAUGCUAAGAAGUUCAAAAUGGAUGAAGGGGAGAAGUUCAGCCUGGCAGAGACUUCAGAAGGAAACAUUACCUCUGUGGGAAGCGUGAACCCUGCGGAAAACUUCUGCACAUUAGUUCAAAAGAAGACCGUUCCCUUUGAUCAAGCAUGCAAGCAGCUCACCCACAGGAUGGAGCAGUUGCUGGGCAACAGGAGCACCGACUAUUACAUGAAGACCAUCACAUGUAUCCAGGCCUUCAGAGAGCAGUCCAUUAAGGAAUCAAAUGCAGACCUUUUCAACAGCUACAUGCAGUCUCUGAAGGACAGCGUUCCAGACAAGAAUCUUCAGGAAUUCUGGGAUCUGCUCGUUGCAGAUUCUAUUACGCUAAUCAGCAAGGAUGACGUGGAUAGCAGCACAGUAUCCAAGCAAGAGGCAAAGCAGUUUUUGACUUUCGAGGAGAAAGAGGAAAUGGCAGCUGCUCCUUCCCAUGACGACGCAGGAGAUGUGGAUGAUUUGCUGGACAUGAUGUGACCUUAGACUGUCCUUCAGUGUUGCCUUCAUUCCUUUCCACCAGGCCUCCAAUCGGUGCUGAGGUCACAGUAAUGUUUGCACUUAAUACGACACAGGAAUAUGUACCAAAAUUAAAAGAUGUUCCACUUAAAGUUGUGACUCAUUUAUGGUUGGUAACAGCAUUCAGGAUUAUUACUUUAUUAUUACCUCAUCUAGCACAUUAACCAUUUGCGUUAUCUGCCAGUUUUGCUCUGCAUAUCAGAAAUAGGAGAUUUUCUCAAAGAUUUCACAAAUUAGACCAUGUUAACUAACCACUACCAGUCUUCUAUGUUAUCAGAGAGAAUUAUGGGUGCAUUUUUUUCUUAUAAUUGUUUUCUUACAGAACAAUAUUAAAUAUACAAUAUUAUUGUAAACAAUAUUUUCCUACUUUUGGUUGUUGCAAGUAUAUCCUGCUGUAAUCUUUGUCUUUCUACAGAACAAUAUCUUUUGUAACUGACAGUAUAAUCAUUUUUUAGUAUGUUGGUAUAAAGGUGUAAACCGGUUUUGAUGUCUAGUUUUAUCAGGGUGGUGAAACUUAUGGCUGGCGGGAAGAUCUGGUCUUUUUAAUGUGCUUUGCGUCUGUAUUGUAUUCUGUAUAACUUCAUCUCUUGUUCUUGCGACUGAAAUUGAUUUGUGGGAUGGUACUAUUUAAACCAGAGCACUAUCCUUCCGUUAUUGUGGAUUUUGUCGGUUGUUUAACGCAGCAAACGACAGGUUUUCAUUGGGGUUUUGUCAAUUUUGAUCAGGCACAUGUUACAAGUUAGGAUUAAAUACAUUGAUCCCAAAGGAAAUUCUUGUAAUUCUUGAAAAUGUAUGUAUUAGCAGGAUAAAUAUACACAAGCUGUUUCUGAUCUGCAUUUACACUUCUGUAUGACUAAUGAGAAAGGCUGAUUGUAGACCAUAUAAAAUAUAUACAAAGGAUAUUUACAUACGUU